AGGGUAUGACAGGUGAAGCAGCAGUGCUCCUGAUUCUGUACAUAGACAAGACCACCCAAGAACUCAAUGUGGUCCUCACACAGCGAUCUUCUAAACUCAAGUCGCACGGAGGCGAGGUAUGUCUACCAGGCGGAAAACGGGAUGAAACCGACACGGACAUUACAAUGACGGCAUUGCGAGAGGCCAAUGAAGAGAUUGGUCUUGAUCGUGACACUGUGAAAGUAAUAGGAAUGCUGCCAGCCAAUGUUGCCAAAAACCAGUUGCUGGUCACACCAGUGGCGGCCGUAGCAUUGCCAUCCUUCGACGUCGACAGUCUGAAGGCCAAUGAAGAUGAGGUUGCAUUGAUUUUCUCAGUCGAAUUGGCCAAGUUCCUGUCCGGCGAGCACCACAUGAGCCAGGAGUGGACUCCAGAAAGGGGCAUGCCGAUGCUCUUCCAUUCGUGGGAAUUCGAAGGCACACCCAGAGUUUGGGGAUUGACGGCUUUCUUUCUCAUUGAUCUCGCCUCGGUGGUAUAUGGACGAAAACCUGACUACGAGAUGGAGCCCAACGUCAGAGAUUUUGUAUAUCAAAAUCGAAAGAUGCUCAGGAGGGAGACUUGUCAACCUGGCUGUUUAAAGUGUUGAUGUAGUAAAAUGAUAUAGUAUAUGUUAGAGUAGAAUAUAAUAAAAUGAUAUGGUAUAUUUUAAAGCAGAG